AUGCCAAGAGCGAUUAAAAGACCCCCGGAAGUUGAGGAUUUUGAAAAAUGCCAUCAUAGGCAAGUGUUGGUUAACACGUUUCUGGAAAAAUCUAUGCAUUUAUUAAAUCCAAACUUAAAUAUGCCAAAUGGAUAUGCUACAAGAAUGAAUGACAAACCAUCAAUAAAUUUGAAUAGUCAGACAAUGGUACAAAAAGAAAUUGAUUGCAUAAAACAAUUCGAAAGACAACUUCCACCAGAAUAUCCAUGCAUUACAAUAUAUUUUUCUGAUAUGGAAUGUGAUCUAGAAAGGAAAUGUAUAUUGUAUAUUGUAAGAAGAUGGGAUCGAGACGAUCCAUUUGUUAGUAUGUCACCAUUUUUGAAUGAAUUAGAAAGAGAUUAUGGUAGAGGAUGGAAAUUUGAACGAGUUACUAAUCCAAUUAAAGUUGGCCGUAUAAGUACUUCAACAAAACCUAAAUCAACCUUUUGUUUUCGCUAUGAACCAGAUUGUUAUAUAUAUAAGUUUUAUAGCGAUUAA